CGAUGAGAGAGAAUCAUGGGGCAGCUGCCUCCUGCAAGUCCUCCACGGGGGAUCGAGCCCACAACCCGGGCCUGUGCCCUGGACCGGAAUCGAACCCGGGACCUUUCAGUUCACAGGCCUGGUUCCGCGGCGAGGAAACCGAGCUCUGGCAGAGACGCGCCCUCACGCCCGGCCCAGGAGCGUUGGGCCCGCAGGUCCCAGGUCCCGUCCCCUCGUGAGGGCCGGGCGGGACGCGAGGAGACCCCCGGGCGCCGGAGGACGGGCCGCCCGCGGGAGCCUGAACCCUCACGCGGGGCCUCGGGGGCCGACAGGGGGCGCUGCGCCGCCGGGACGCGGGCACGUCGGGGCGUGGCUUCAGGCCCCGCCCACCGCCGCCGGGCGCGCCUGCGCAGUGCGCCGCCCCCGCAGAGGCUGCUGGGCGGGGCGACGCGAGCCAGCCCCGAGCGGGAACCGGAGCGGGAGCCGGAGCCGGAGCCGGAGCGGGAGCGGGAGCGGCGGCCGGAACAUGUGGAGACCGUCACCACGCUGCCACUUGCACUGCACUGCCCUGCAGGGCCGGCUGCAGCGCCUGGGUCCCGCCGCCUUCCUCAGGAGAAGCCUCAGGGUCCCGCCCGCUCAGUGGCCCCUGGGGUCCCAGCCCCUAUGGAAGAAGGUGCUCACCUCCACGGCCGUGGGGCUGCCGCUGCUCCUGGGCGUCCGCUACCUGACCGCAGAGCCGCAGGAGAGGAGAAAGAUGCGGCUCAUGGUGGACGGUGUCAUGCGCUUUGGCAGCUUGGUGCUGAAAAGCCCCCUUGGCUGGCCUGGGCUUGUCUUGCCUGCCUCGUGUGGCUGCUCUGCGUGUCGGACACCCCAGCAGCAGGCUCGCGUGCCUGCCUCUGCUGUGCUCCCAGGAGCACAUCCCAUCGCCUCCUGUCAGAGGCUGAGCUGGGAUUGGAGGGAGGGAGCCAGACGAGUAUCCCCAUCGGCGCCAAGCCUCACAGGUCCUUGAGGGUCGGCCUGCAGAUCUCCGCAGACUACUGGUGGUGCACGAACGUCGUCCUGCGAGGGGUGGAAGAGAACAGCCCGGAGUACGUGGAGGUGAUGUCUGCGUGUCAUCAGCGGGCGGCUGAUGCCCUGGUGUCUGGGGCCAUCUACAAUGGGGGCCUCUACGUGAAGCUGGGCCAAGGGCUGUGCUCCUUCAACCACCUGCUGCCCCCCGAGUACAUCCAGACGCUGCGUGUGCUGGAGGACAGGGCCCUGACGCGUGGCUUUCGGGAGGUGGACGAGCUGUUCCUUGAAGACUUCCACGCCCUGCCCCACAAGCUCUUCCAGGAGUUCGACUACCAGCCCAUCGCCGCCGCCAGCCUGGCCCAGGUCCACCGUGCCCGGCUGCACGAUGGCACCGUUGUGGCUGUGAAGGUGCAGUACAUCGACCUGCGGGACCGCUUCGACGGGGACAUCCACACCCUGGAGCUCCUGCUCAGGCUGGUGGAGUUCAUGCACCCCAGCUUUGGCUUCAGCUGGGUCCUCCAGGACCUGAAGGGGAUCCUGGCCCAGGAGCUGGACUUUGAGAAUGAGGCUCGGAACGCUGAGCGCUGUGCACAGGACCUGAAGCACUUCCACUACGUCGUGGUCCCCAGAGUGUUCUGGGACGUGUCCAGCAAGCGCGUGCUGACAGCCGAGUUCUGUGAGGGCUGUAAGGUCAACGAUGUGGAGGCCAUCAAGUCCAUGGGGCUGGCCGUGCAGGAUAUAGCAGAGAAGCUCAUCAAGGCUUUUGCUGAGCAGAUCUUCUACACGGGCUUCAUCCACUCCGACCCCCACCCUGGCAACGUGCUGGUGCGGAAAGGCCCGGACGGGAAGGCAGAGCUGGUGCUGCUGGACCACGGCCUCUACCAGUUCCUGGAUGAGAAGGACCGGUCAGCCCUGUGCCAGCUGUGGCGGGCUAUCAUCCUGAGAGACGACAGCUCAAUGAAGACGCAUGCGGCGGCACUUGGGGUACAAGACUACUUCCUGUUCUCGGAGGUGCUCAUGCAGAGGCCUGUGCGCCUGGGGCAGCUGUGGCGCUCCCACCUGCUGAGCCGAGAGGAGGCGGCCUACAUGCAGGCCAUGGCGCGGGAGCACUUCGAAGGCAUCAUGGCCGUGCUCAAGGCCCUGCCGCGGCCCAUGCUGCUCGUGCUGCGGAACAUCAACACCGUCCGCGCCAUCAACACUUCCCUUGGCGCGCCCGUAGAUCGCUACUUCCUCAUGGCCAAGAGUGCCGUCAAGGGCUGGAGCCGCCUGGCAGGCUCAGCGCACACGAGUGUCUAUGGCACCAGCCUCCUACGCCACAUCAGGGUCAUCUGGGAGAUGUUCAAGUUUGAAGUGGCCCUGAGGCUGGAGACCCUGUCCAUGAGGUUCACAGUCCUCAUGAUUCGAGUGCUGAUGCACCUGGACCUCAUGCCCAGGGAUGAGGGGCUAUAUGAGUACCUUGCAACCUAGGGCCCUAGAGCAGGAGGCCCAGACUGGAGAUGUGGACGCCCCCCAACCCGGGACACUGGAGCAACUGUCGGCUUGAGUGGGGGGACCCCGGGGGCUCUGACCACUGGCAGGGCCAGGAGGUCCUGCAAUGACCACACGUACUUCUCAAACCAAACAAA